GGCCUCGAAUAUCUCGGCAGCAAUCGACGAAAAUCUUGGGCGAUCUAGCCCAGUAUACUACACAGUUUACUGAAGAUGCGCUUACAAAAGAGCACCAUGGAGUGGUGCCUGGGCACACACAUUUCCAAGAUAAUGUUCAGAUACACUGCCACACAUCACACCUGCUAAAUUCUUGUCAGAUCCGAGAGCCUCCGAGCCAAAUGCCUAUUGAGGUAGCUGAUUCUUCACGCAAACGCAGACGUUUCCGCAAACACAUGCGCACUCCAAGACCAGAUGCCAACUCACUAUCUGGCUUUAAAGCAAUAACAAAAACUACCCAUGUCCCCAUAUGCAAUAACGCAUUGGACCUGAAGCACACUCAGACACCAGGACGGUCGAGCACUGCUGUAGUGUGUGUGCCAGGACGUGUGCCCGGCUUAUCCCCGAACCUGAUUGUAGUAGGCGUCCGCGAUGUCACCAAGCAUCUAGUGAGAAACAGUUUGGAACUAGUGAUGAUAGGUGAGGAUAUACGUUCAGUCAUGGUUCAGCAUAUCCCAACUCUAUGUGGACGUCAGAAAGUGCGAUGUGUCUCCUUGGCUGCACCCUCCAGCGAUAUCGCUGGGAUUUUAAGAGUCACUAGGGCUACUGUUAUAGGAGUGCUUAGGAGAGCCGCUUCCUCGAGACCUGUUGUUUCAAGCACUUUACUUUCUCCUUACACUACAACUGCCAAGGAUGAAAUUUAUAGUAGUCAACAGCUCAAUUCGUGGCUGUACAAGGCUUUAGAUCAGCAUGCAGCACAACUCUCCACAUCCUUGUAAAACCCCGUGGUAGAUUCUGAAGCGAAGUGUAUACGACAAUUUCACAGAGUUUGACGAUCGUGGUGCACACAAUUUAGAAUGCACUUUGAAUCGAAUCAAUAAAUUUAUCAGCUGUAUAUUGUAUAUGGCGGUCUUUCGCAGAUAUUGCA